AUGGACAACAGAUGGUGGACAAAGGAUACUGUAGCAGUGGUGACAGGAGGCAAGAGGGGCAUUGGAUAUGCAAUCGUUCGCAGAUUGGCAGCGAAUGGUAUUCGUGUAAUUUCAACGGAUCCAGAUUUACAAAUGGGCAGAGCUGCUCUCAAAACUCUCCACAAUGCUGGCUUUGAUAAUGCCGUCUUUUAUCAGCUGGAUGUGAAGGAUGAUAAGGGCAUCCAUGUGUUUGCCAAAUGGAUGAAGCAGCAAUAUGGAAAACUUGAUAUUCUGGUUAAUAAUGCAGGGAUAAUGGGAAUUUCAAUAGAUUAUGACAUUUUAAAGGCCAAGCAAGCAGAUCCAAGACUGAUAUUCUCUGGAAAAACAGUGGAAGGUAUUCGUGAGAACUAUGAAAUGGCGAAGGAAUGCAUUGACAUUAACUAUUAUGGCACUAAACGAAUGGUCAAAGCGCUUCUUCCUCUUAUGAAGAAUGCUAAUGAUGGUGGAGGUCGCAUUGUGAAUGUUUCUUCUCGUGCUGGAGUCCUGGAGUUUCUCCAAAAUGAAGCUUUGAGGCAGCAGUUGAAUGACCUGGACAAUUUGAACGAAGUUAAAAUAGACACAUUUCUUGAAAGUUUCCUGAAAGAUUUUCAAGAGGGGUUAUUGAAGAGCAAUGGGUGGCCCGUUCAAUUUUCAUCUUACUAUGCUUCCAAGGCUGCUGUAAGUGCUUACACACGAGUAGUUGCACGUCAAAAUCCAGACAUGUAUGUGAACUGUGUGCAUCCAGGAUAUGUGAAGAGUGAAAUGAAUUUCAAUACAGGACAUCUAUCAUAUGAUGAAGGUGCAGAGGGUCCUGUCAUGCUAGCCCUUCUUCCUCCUGGUUCACCUUCUGGCCAAUAUUACAACAGAAAGGAAAUAGCUAGCUUUUAUUUCUUAGAAAAAUGA